GUAGGGAACGCUUACGCACACACGAGUGCGUUUACCGUCUCGCAGCAUUGCAUACUUUGCAUCCUCACCUGCAGUGACUGCCGUCCACGCGCCUUGCCAACAAACUCCCCCAUCCCCAUCCCCUCCGCACGCACGCGCGCAUGCACCUUGCAGCAGCCUUCAGCGACGCGUCGAGCGACCCCAAACCGGGGUAGGAACACCGCGACGCGGUCAUACGGUGGACGAGCAUGACGCUCGGCCGCAAUGUCUAAAAACACGGUGAAGAAGCUGCACUGGCGCUCAAAGGUGCAGGAGGGCUUCGUGCCGUUAAGUGGAAGCUCCGGUGAGCUGGGACUGGCCAUCGGGGGCGGCGCUGACUAUGGAGAAUUCCCAUUUGUGACAGUGGCACCCGGGGGCGGGGCCACCGUAGGAGACAUCAUCUUGGAGAUAGGUGGCACGCCCGUGCUGGGCAUGACGCUGGGAGACGUUCGAGGCGUCCUCAACUCCUGUCCUCAUCCAAUUAGGAUCAAGACCGUCUCACCAGGUGCAUCUCUGUGUAAAGACCUCCGCUUAUACCUCAGUAAGUGUUUCACACCAACCUCCAUGGACAGUCAGCUGCAGCAGCUCAUCCGAGAGAACCUUUAUCUGCGUGCCGUGCCCUGUACAACCCGGCAGCCUCGCGAUGGGGAGAUCAGCGGUGUCGACUACAACUUUGUGUCCAUAGAGGAGUUCUUCUCCCUGGAGGAGUCGGGGGCGCUGUUGGAAAGCGGAAAGUUCAAAGGCAACUAUUAUGGGACGCCCCGCCCAGUCCACAUAGGUCCAGACAGUCCACCAAUCACAUACCAGGAACAUCGAAACCUACUGAGGAACUUCAGGACCAGAAGCAAAUCCCUUAGCAACCUGGAAAAAACUGUAGAAGAAGACAACAGCGAAGAGGACAGUGGCCUGUCUGGAGGAUCUGCUGGAGCCCCGCCCUCCACGCUCCCUGUGAGCCAUUCCUGGGGAGAGUCUUUGGCGGGUACCGGCGACGGAACAGAGAAUGGAGGCAGAGGAGCAGGACGAGGAAGAGUUCCCACGGCUGACACAUGGGAGAUGGCGUUUGGAAACGGCGACGCAAACUUUUACGCUGAUGUCAUGUCAAAGACAAGACAGGAUCUUCGCACUCAAAACAAAGAGACCACUUCCUCUCCAGCAGAACUUCCAGAGUUCACCGAUCAGCCAAGUCAGCUGCAAGGUUUUUCGGUACACACCCGUCUCUCCAAAGGCCCGCGAGGCUUCGGCUUCAAUAUUGUUGGAGGAAGUCGAGCACGGGAGUUCCUGCAGGUGUACAGUGUCACGCCUGGAGGCCCGCCCACCCUCCACCAAGCUGACAUCCUGGUGUACAUCAAUGACACGUGUGUACUGGGCCGCUCACACAAAGAGGUCGUGGAGAUGCUCAAGUCAGUUCCAAUGGGCCAGAGCGUGGACGUGGUUCUGAGACGAGGGUACCCGAUGCUCUACAACCCAGACGGCUGUCCCAAACACUCAUUAGACACGUCCACCCAUCAGCCACAGACUCCUCCAGCUAACCACCAGCGUGGACCGCUAACCUACAGCCAUGUGCAGGAUGCCAACAGCGGCGGGUCAGGACCAUCCUAUUCAGUAGAGCCAUUGACCAAUGGCAUAAUAGGUGCGCCAACUCCCACUUCCUCUGAAAUGUCCAUGGCCCACCCCCCACCUACCUCGGAGAGGAUGUCAUCCAAUCACAGCAACUCUGACGGGAGCACUCGGAGGUCUUCUGUGAUUGGAUACAACAGUAGCACCCUCCCUACCCGCUCCUCGUCCUCUUCCCUCCUCCACCAUCAGAGUUCAAAGUCCUCAGAGAGUGACCUGUCUACGUCUACCUUCCCCAUCGCAUCCUCAUCCAAACUGUGUGAGUCUUCGCCCCCUGGCGGCCCUGUGCAGCGUCCUCCGAUGCCGCAGACCUGCCUGCCCCCAACGCCACCCCGGGAGAUCCCACCUUGCGGCUUCAACGGAUGCCCAGCCAAUCACCAAGUGCCCCCUCAAACACCCCUCGGAAACACAGGCUUGGCACUCCCUUUGGGUACAGGGUCCUUUUCUGCUGGCGAGCUGGUGCCGGUAGCCCUGGAGCGCUGUGAAGGCGGCGGUCUGGGUUUCAGCAUAACUGCAGGAGGACCGGGAGGUCAACUAGCCGUAGUUAGGCGGGUCUGGGACCGCAGGCAGUGCCCCUCCCUGCAGCCGGGGGACGCUGUGGUCAAGAUCAACGGUGCUGAUGUGCAGAACUUCAACUUCUCUCAGGUCCAGAAGAUUCUGCAGGAUCACUCAAAACAGGGGAAUGUGGUUCUGCUGGUGCACAGGCGAGCUCCCGUCUCCGCACCUUUGGUCACGCCUAAUUUAUACAAGCCCCUCCCCUCUCCGCAUGGUCUCACAAGGGCCGCGUCCCACCCCUCCACUUCUACCGAUUUGCCUUCCCCGUCUUUGCGUGCCUUGGUGGGUGACGUGCCCCCACUCUGUCAGGCUGGUUUGGCGAUGGAAGCCCCACUUGAGGGGCACCGCCCAGUAGCAGGGACCCCUCCCAGCCAAACUCCCAAUGGGCCCCCCACCUCAGGCCUCAUCCAGAGCACUAGCUUCCUGGACUCUGUUCCCGUAACCUUAACCUUGGAGCCGCGUGACCUACAAGGUGUGGAGGAGAGUGUCGGGGGAUCAGUCAGGGGGGCCGUCGCCAAGGAAACCAGGGAAGGGAAGAAGGUAGAGGUGGAGCUGUCGAGGCGGCCCGGCGAAGGCUUCGGAUUUGUCAUCGCAUCCCAAGAAGUCAACCGUGGAGCUCCGUCCCAGUCCAUGAUGUCCCAUCGCUUUGUGACGGUGCGGCGCGGCAGCCCAGCGGCCCGCAGUGGCCUUAUCCAGCCCGGAGACCAGCUGGACGCCGUGGAGGGACGGCGUGUUGCCUCCCUGCACCACCGAGACCUUGCCCAGAUCCUGAGGAGAGCGGGGAACACGCUGAAGCUGAGUGUGACACCGCGAGCACCGUCAGAAGGAGCCGAUGUGGAAAUCGACAAGCACUUCACGAAGGGAUGCAGAGGGAGAGCUAAGAAUGAGUCCAGGUUCUACAGAGUGGAUCUGGAGCGAGGCCCAACAGGCUUCGGUUUCUCUUUAAGAGGGGGCAGUGAGUACAAUAUGGGACUCUAUGUGCUGGGACUGAUGGAUGGUGGACCAGCACAGUGCAGCAACAAGAUGCAGGUUUCGGACCAGCUUGUGGAGAUAAACGGGGACAGCACAGCAGGAAUGACGCACAGUCAGGCCGUGGAACAGAUCCGAAGAGGAGGCCAUCGGAUUCAUCUCGUCCUGAAGAAAGGAAACGGCUACGUCCCCGAUUACGUGGAGCUGUCCAGCCUGUCUCUGUGCAUGACAAACUCCAAGCAGGGCGAGCCGUGCUUCUACGUCAUCGGACGCACGGAAAACUCGCGGUCGGUAACCAUAAGGGUCAUCUCUUCCUCCUCCACCUGACUCAUUCUUCAUCAUGAUUGCUCAUGACAUCAGUGUGUCAUUGUGGAUUCCAAAUAAUUUCUGUCAAAUGAAAAUAUAGACAUUUAAAUUGAUUUUUUUUUCACCUCACAGUAAAAGCAAAUGAAAAUGACAUUCUAAACACGUUUAGCUUUUUUCCUUUCAGGAUUUUUUUCUUUUUUUUAAAUGGGUUGGCAAGUUAAAAGCCAGUAUACUCUCGCUGACAGCAAUGUCAUUCUUUCAGCCAGGACUUGGCAUUUGUGGAUUUAAGGUCUGAAUGGGAACGUUUAUAGGGACACUUUUAUUCGGAUUAAAAGCAUGACCGGAAAAAAAUGCUUCAUGUACACAGCCUAUUCAGAAUAUUCCAAUCCGAUUCAGCCCAUCCCGAUCAAGAUUCUAUUCUGAACAGGAGGGGUGGUUUAUGCAGAUUGAAAAUUCAGCGCACAUGAUCAACCGGAAGACAGGGUAGGCGCAACUUGCGCAAGAGUAAACUUGUCUGUAACAGAGAAGAACACACUGCUGGAGGUAUUAAAAGAUCAUUUUAAAAGACUUGAUGGUGGAAAACCAGGAAAAAUACAAAAAACAAUGCUAACGUUUAACGGCUGAAUGGACAGAAUGAUGUUUUAUUGAUACGAAAGUCAGUAGGAGUUCUUCCUCUUCUACUACUUUUUCCGGUACUGUACAUUUGGUCAUGUUGCCUUCACUUGCUGUGGGAAAGAUGAAUCUUACCACAUUGGUAAUUACGAGUACGUUCUGUUCAUGUGCUUAUGCUGUCGUAGCAAAAAGACAGACAUGGACUUCAUUUUGCUUUGUUGCUUGGAAAAUUUUUUAGACCUAAUAAUUAGAGCUGGGAAUCUUUGGGCACCUAACGAUUCGAUUACGAUUACGAUUCAGAGGCUCCAAAUUGAUUAUAAAACGAUUAUUGAUGCACCCCCCUCCUUUUUUUUUUAAUUUUUAUUUUUUUUAUGUUUUGUACAUUAAUUCUAAAAUUGUUCAAAAAUCCUCUCAGGCUAAACCAAACUGGUAUUUCAGUAUCAAGUUAACAUAUAACAGUAUACAAAUAUACAAAAAUAACAGUAAAUAAAUUACUCCUGUCCCCAUUCUGUAUCAGCAGCUUUAAACUACAUUCAGUUAAUUUAUUGUUGUGAAUCAACCGUUACAGUUGUUAAAGUUGCUCCCGUUAUUCCAUAAUUUCCCUUCUACUUUUGACAUGUCAAAUUUAUUCCAUAAUUUCCCUUCUACUUUUGACAUGUCAAAGUUUUAAAACUGUUUCAUCAUUUAAAGAUAGAUUCAAGACAAGAUUUCGCUGAUUUAGGAGUAUUUUAGAUAAAAAGUUAAUUAGAUUCGCUACAACAGAGCCUUCUAGAGAAGUCUACUGCUUUAAGAUGGCGGCUGUUUACUAACGCUGGCAAGUCUGUCAUUUCGCAUCUCUGUUCAAUAAUACAUGUUCUAACACCGCCGUCGUCUGUCAUUUUGCAUCUAGUUCUACAUAUACAGUAUAUGAUAUCUACUGUAGCCGUUUGUUUGUAGCAACUAGCAACCGGGCGUUGUUUGUAGCGGCUGUCGGCCGCAGUCAGGUAUAAUUGUUUUUUUUAUCUAGCGGCAUGAGUUGAAUAUAAUAUUUACUCUCGGUCCGUUCCUCAUUGCGUCCCAAAGACCGCGCUGACUGUGUUUUACUUCCGCUUUACCUGGUAUAAUUCAAUCAUCGGAAUUUGAAAGUUUGUGAAUCGUUCUCGAAUCUUCCACGGCCGAAUCGCGAAUAAUCUAAGAAUCGGAAAUUUCGCACGCCUCUACUAAUAAUUCAACUGCAGUAAGAAGAGAAUGUAUUAAAAUGCAAAUGUUAAGUUUUUGUUUGUAACUGAACAUUGUCACGAACACUUGGUUAAAAAAUAUAUUGUUUUAAUGAUGUGUACACUAUGUUAUUAUUAUGGCGUCAAAAAAUGUGCAAAGUGAUGAUAAAUCUUCUUUAAAAAAAUUUAGCCUCCAACCCAUAUUUACCAUAAUUGCAACACCACAUGAAAGCAGCAUCAAUCUGUGCAUGUCAAAAUAAUUUGUUCCGACUGAAGUUCUGAUGCAUGAAUGUCCUGCAUGCACGUACUAAUAUUUUUUUCUAUCCAUGAAAACUGUGCAUCUAAUAAUAAUUUUACUCCGAAUGGUGAACGGAUUCAGGAAAUUUUGAUCAUGUGAACGUAGCCAUUUAUUAUUACGUAUUUUUAAAAUUAUGAAUACUUUUUAUUUUUCUAUUCAGUUUUUUAAAUAAGUUAGAUAAUUAACAAAAUCAAAUAAUAAAAACAGUAAUACACUCUGGUCAUGGCCACCAAUAAUUAUCUGUCGGUUAGUAAAUUUCCUAUUUAAACUCUUUGCCUGCUAUUGACAAUGAUAGAAACUGUGAAGAAUGAUUGUGAUUUCUUAUGUUUAAAUGCCACUAAGGACUGGCAGCAAUCAUUCACUGCCAGCAUCUCGCUGGAUGGAAAAUGGAUUGGACGUGUAGCACUGUCAAUGACAGCUAAAGAGUUAAAUGAGUUCCCUAAUAAGGAUUGAAGCCAUACAUGCUCAAAGUCAUAUAUACUAUAGUAGAACGUGAGAAUGGCAAAAGAACAAAAAUCAUACCCGUUCUCGCCACGAAUAUGUUAAGGUGUUGACUGGUGAAAAAUAAAUUAGUGGAUUGAUCUUUGCCUCUUUCUUCCCAGGCCCUGAGAAAGAAUCCUCCUCAUCCUCCUCGCACACGGAGGAGCAGGAGGUUAAUGUGGUCACCGUGACGACCAGCUCCCACAGCCCCCAAAGGAGAAAGCGAGUAGGGGGAGCCAAACAGAGACCAAGACAAGGAAGAAGAAGAGGAGG